UUCUCACCUUAUAUACCCUACUCUCCUUCUCAUCUUCAACCAAAGAAAAAGGCUUCAAUCUCUCUCAAUUUGCUUCAAUCUCUGUUUUGCAUCAAAUUCAAUCCCAAGGUCUAUUCAAUGGGUCUCUCAGUUGAGAAUUCGGUAACACGGUCUCACAGCCGAACCCACAAAAUCUUCCUCGUUAGCAACUACAUUCUCUUGGGAGCAGCCUCCAGUUGCAUCUUCCUCACCCUCUCUCUCCGCUUAUUCCCUUCCUUAUGUGGCUUCUUCCUUAUCCUCCUCCACGUCAUCACCAUAGCCGGCGCCGUCUCUGGUUGUUCCGUCGCUACUUCCGGGUCCAACAAGCGCUACGCAGCUCACAUGGUGGCGAUGGUGCUGACAUCGAUUUUUCAAGGCUCUGUUUCGGUGCUUAUCUUGACCAGAACUUCUGAUUUCUUGGGUUAUUUGAAGUCAUACGUAAGGGAAGACGAUGGGGUUAUCAUUCUGAAGUUCGUUGGUGGGUUAUGUAUGGCUGUUUUUUGCUUGGAAUGGGUGGUUUUGGGGCUUGCAUUUGUGUUGAGGUACUACGCUUUUGUGGAAGGUCAUGGGGUUGGUAAUGGACAAUCAUCAAAUCAGAGGAAUGGGAAGGUUCAAGAUGAAGAUUUGAAGAAUUGGCGAUGGCCUUUCCAAGUUUAGACUUUAUUUGCUUUUGUUGUUGGGUAAUUCCACAUUAGUAUUGUAAAAUACUUAUUCAUUUCCUAUUCUUGUAUUGCUUGUUUAUCAUCAAUUUGUGAUCAGAUUGGUUAAAUUCGUUUUAUCAAGUUCAAUAAAUUGUUGAUUUGCUUGUAAUUUUUCCUUGGGAUUUAAGUUUCUUGAUUUACUUUAUUUUCUCGAUGGAAAAAUGUAAAUCACAUUCUUUUAAGAAUGUAUAACUGCUAAAUUCAAUUUUCACUAAGAAUCUAA